ACUUGUGGAAUUAUGGAUUCAUCCUCUUCAUUUCAUCCUCAUCACAUGAAGGCCUCUGUGUGUUUAUUUCAGAGCCCAGUGCCGAGACCCCUGUGUUUGUGUUGAAGGGACAGGAUGUUCGUCUGGAUGUCCCGACAAAUAUUACACUGGAUAAUAUUGAUGUGCUAUUUUGGAAGUUUGACACAUCAAUCAUUGUUGUAAUGUACAACCCAAAAGUAGCCUUUGUAGGGUUCGAAGGUAGGGCUGAAAUUAGUGAGGGAAACUUCUCUCUGCUACUGAAGAACCUUCAGGAAGGAGACAGUGGAUGUUAUACUGCAGUAGUGUCUGGUGUCAAAGAGACCAACGUUGCUACAUACAUGUUGGUAGUUCAAGGUUUGUUUUCCCUCAUUAUUUGUUGUUGUUCUUCUUGUUGUUGUUUUGGUAGCACUUUGUUUGACUAAACGUUUUCUACUGGUAUACAACCCUAUUUAUCCAUCUGUUAAAACAAGUUGUUUUCUUUCCUGUUUCUUACCCUGUUUGUCUAUGUGUUUUCAGAGAGAGUUGAGUCUCCGGUCCUGACAGUGGAGUCUGUCUGCUCCACUAAUGUCACCUGUAAUGCGACUGUGUCCUGCAGAGGCCAGAACACCGCUGUCACCUCCAUCUGUAACAACAGCACCUGCUCUCAGGUGGGAGGAGAGAGUAGAGGGGCUGAGACCUCCUCUGUCCCCCUGCUCUCUGUCUAUGUGGCAGGGGGUUCCAUCAUCUGUAACCACAGCAACCAAGUCAGCUGGGCCAACGACACCAAAGAUAUAGUGGAACUCUGUCCAAUGACAUCUGGUAAGACACACAAAUACACAUCUCAAAUAUUGUAUGUCAGUUAUACACGGAGUGUACAAAACAUUAAGAACACCUUCCUAAUAUUGAGUUGCACCACCACUUUUCCCCUCAGAACAGCCUCAAUUUGUAAGAGCAUGGACUCUACAAGGUGGCCCAUGUUGACUCCAGUGCUUCCCACAGUUGUCUCAAGUUGGCUGGAUGUCCUUUGGUUGGUGGACCAAUCUUGAUACACACGGGAAACUGUUGAGCAUGAAAAACCCAGCAGCGUUGCAGUUCUUGACACAAACUGGUGCGCCUGGCACGUACUAACAAACCCUGUUCAAAAGGCACUUCAAUCUUUUGUCUCACCCUCUGAAUGGCACACAUACACAAUCCAUGUCUCAAUAGUCUCAAGGCUUAAAAAUCCUUCUUUAACCCGUCUCCUCCCCUUCAUCUAGACUGAUUGAAGUGGAUUUAACAUGUGACAUCAAUAAGGGAUCAUAGCUUUCACCUGGAUUCACCUGGUCAAACUAUGUCAUGGAAGAUCAGGUGUUCUUAAUGUUUUGUACAUUCUGUGUAUUAAUGGAAGAACUGUAACCUUGUUCCCAGGCUAAUUGCAAACAGGAGGAAGUGUCUGAUCUGCCAGACUAGAGGAACUGUAACAUAUUGUCUGUUUGUUGUAAACCAGUGUCUCCCCCUGCUGGCAUGUCUGUGUGCAUGUCGAAGAUCAUCCUGCUGUCUGUGGGGCUGGCCAUCAUGAUCUCUGCUGUCAUCACUGUCCACAUCAGGGACAGAUUCCACAAUGGAUAGAAUCGUGUGAACUGUAUUAUUUUCUACCAUAGACAAAAUUAUUCCUGCUCUGUGUCACAGUAAGGUCAUGAAAGUACUUUUUAAAAUGUUUUAGUUGCUACAUAAUAUAACUUAACAUAACGUAAGGUAGCAUAACAUAAAAUGGCUUGUCAUAAUAUAGCGUAACAUAGCACAGCAUAGCAUACCGUAUCACAUGUUUUUGGUCCAUUUGUUUCUGUUUAAUUCCCAGUAUGAUUAAAUCAAAUCAAAACUAAUUUUUUUUGUCUCAUGCUUCGAAAACAACAGGUGUAGACUAACA